AUGUCCGGCCAGUUCAGCCAGCACCAACUGCGAGACGGCGUCGUGCUGCCACAUGUGCUCAACAAAGCUCCUCAGGGUACCAAGGCCCACGUUCUCAACUUGGGCUACCUUCAAGCGGAUGCUGGAUGGUUCAAACGCGGAGGAAAUUCGUCGUUCAUGAGCAAUCCGAAGGGUCCGGAGGUGCACGAACGGCGUGAUUUGAUCAUGUACUCCGUGCUCAUCGAGCAUCCCACCGAAGGACUCAUUCUGUGGGAGACUGGCUCCGGACGCGAUUAUGACAAGGUCUGGGGUGCCCCCUUGAACGACAUCUUCGCGAAAUCGAGGUAUGAUCCGGAGCACGAGCUGGAAGCAGCCAUCGCCAAAACCGGCCACAAGAUCAAAGACAUUAAACAAGUCAUCAUCGGCCACCUCCACCUCGAUCACGCCGGCGGCCUGGAACACUUCCGCAAGACCGACGUCCCCAUCUGGGUGCACGAGCGGGAACUCAAAGGGGCCUUCUUCAGCUGUGCCACGGGCGCCGAUCGUGGCGUCUACCUGCCGCACUACCUCUCGCUCGACGAGCUCAACUGGAAAUGCUUUGACGACCGCUCCAUCGACUUUGCCCAGGGCAUCACGCUCCACCACCUCCCCGGCCACACCGACGGCCUUAUUGGCUUGCAGCUCAACUUGGAGAAUGACGGAACGUUCUUCUUCGUCAGCGAUCAUGCGCACAUCAUGGAAAACUACAACCCGGGCAUUCCGCAGGGCUGGCUGGCGCGAGACCACCCGGCUUGGUUCAAUUCCAACCAAAGGCUGCAGAGGCUCGAAAAGACGACGGGUGGCAAGGUGGUGCCGGGGCAUGAUCUCGAGACCGUGGAGCCGCUGUUGGGCAGGGUGCUGACGUGA